AUGACGUCUGCUACUUUCGUGCUUAUUUUUAUUUGUUUCUCACAUUUUGGCAUCAUUAGGCCGUCAGAUGAUACACAAUCUGCCGGAAAUGAAGUCAGACUUGAGAUAAAGAAUGAUAGUUUUACUUCUAAAUGCCAAAUUGACAGUUUUCCAAGCAUUAAAAAUGAUUUUGUCAACUUCACUGGUAAUUUAUCCAAGUCUUCAAGCAAAAUUGAAGCCUUAGCAAGUGUUUUAAAAGCUCAGGUUGAUCAAUUUCGUAAUUACGGAGACCAGGUAGAAAUCAUUUUUCUGGUGGAUUCAUCAUCAUCAGUAGGUCUAGACAACUUUAACAAUGAAAUUAAUUUUGUGCGCAAACUUCUAUCAGACCUGAAUAUUGAACCAUCAGCCACUAGAGUAUCGUUAAUAACUUUUGCAGGUAAAGGCAUGAUUUUCCGAGUUGUUGAUCAGAUUACCAAUACUGCUAUCAUUUCUAACAAGUGUAACCUUCUGAAUGAUGGUUUGAAAAAUAUUAAAUGGACUGGUGGAGGUACUUACACACGAGGAGCUCUACUAGAAGCAUUUUCAAUUCUACGAACAAGUCGAACUGAUGCUCGUAAAGUUAUUUUUCUUAUCACUGAUGGUUUUAGCAAUGGUGGUGAUCCUAGACCUAUUGCUCAGAAGCUCAAGGAUCUUGGUGCAGUUAUUUUAACCUUUGGCAUUCGGACUGGCAAUGUUCAAGAGUUGUGUGAAAUUGCCAGUGACCCGGGACACUUUCACAGUUAUUUUCUAGAUAGUUUUAGAGAGUUUGAAGCCAUGGCACGACGUGCACUUCAUCGAGAUCUCCAACCAGGUAAAUAUUCUCCCAUGGAUUCCCCUCAAUCUUGUAAUAUUCUUUGUAAUUCAUCCACCCAAUCAUCAUCUCAGUGCUGUGAUGAUCUUGCUGGAUGCUACUGUGGAACAUCUAGCGGUCACUAUACUUGCAUAUGCCAACAAGGAUAUUUUGGCUCAGGUUUAAAAGGUUUUUGUCAUCCCUGUCCGAAUGGAACCUACGGGAAUUCAUCAUUCACAUCAGAUUUAAACUCUUCUUGUCAUCCAUGUCCAAGCUCCAAUCACGUAACCCUUAGAAUUCCUGCAACUUCGUUCAAAGACUGCAUCUGUGCUUCUGGGUUCAUUGGAAACGGCACGAAUUGUCAUGCUAUCACCUGUCCGAAACUUCAAGUACCUGAAAACGGAUAUUUCGUAAAAGGUAAAGUUUGCAGUAAUGUUUUUAAUGCUGCUUGCGGACUGCGAUGUCGUAUUGGGUUCAAACUUACUGGUGACAGCAUCAGGCUUUGUUUGGGAAAUGGAACUUGGUCAGGAAUUGAGCCUCAAUGUUUGUUGAAAACUUGCCCAGCACCUGUGUCACCGGUUCAUGGUCUAGUGCAUUGUCAGAUCAAUAAUGAAUACAAUCAGCUGAAGAUUUUGAACUUUAAAAAGUCGUCUGUGUUGCCAAUUGACACGCAGUGUCAGUUUAAGUGUAAUUCAGGUUUUCAACUUCUUGGAUCUAAAGUUAGGAACUGUUUACCGGUCUCUAGAUGGGACGGCCUUCAGGUUUCAUGCAAGCAAAUCAAAUGUGAUCCACUUCCUAAAAUCGCCAAUGGUGUGAUUAGCCCUGAAGAGUGCUUGAGUGCUAAGAAACUAACCUUCGGAUUUACCUGUACCAUCAAAUGCAAUCCUGGUUUCCGUCUGAAAGGCCCUUCUAUCCGGAAAUGUACUGGAUCUAGAGGUCUUUGGAGUCAGAGAAAGCGUACAAGUCGUUGUGUUGAUGAUACUCCACCGCAAAUCAUCUGCCCUGAUAAUGCAACCUGGUCCACAAUACCUGAGAAGUCUUAUUCUCUACCCACUUGGUCUAUUCCUUCAGUUUCAGACAAUUCUGAUGAAGGUAUCCAGGUUUGGAGCAAACCACACAUCAUGUUUCCUUGGAAAUCAAAGAUUGGAAUGCACCUGAUCACCUACAUUGCCGAAGACAUCGCUGGAAAUCGGGCGAGGUGCAGAUUUACAAUCAAAACUGUUGACACAGAAGCUCCAAUGAUCAGCAAUUGUCUUAAUCCACCAACUUUUUUAACAGCAAAGGCAGUAGGUGCUUUUAAUGUCACCUGGGAAGACCCUAUUUUUCAUGACAAUUCUGGAAAGAAGUUAAAUGUAACUAGGAGUCAUCAUCAAGGAUCAUUUUUUCCUAUUGGAACUACUCAAGUUGUUUAUCAUGUGACAGAUAAAAGUAAUAAUUCAGCAAGUUGUAUGAUAAAUAUCACUGUCGAAGAUGCUUGUAAAAACAUCCCAGUGGUCACUCAUGGACAUAAAAGUUGCCAGGAAUCAUCUGGAGAUGUCCAGUGUAUUUUUACUUGCGACAAAGGUUACGCAUUUCUACUCCAAGACCAAGAAAACAUUGAUAGCAACCUCACGCUAAGUUGUAUUUCUGGUUUAAGUAAUUGGAACAUGUCUUCUCUACCAGAUUGCGCUCUCAUUGAUCUCCCAAACUCUCUGAAAAUCGAAGGCAACAUAAUCUUAGACUCGACCGAACUUGUAUGUGAUGAUCCAUUAUCUCUAGAACAACUGACAAACUUAUUUUCUUCAAGUAUAUCGAAAAACUUCAAAGAAAUUUGUAUGGAUAACGGAAUUGAGUGCCAGCUACCACUGGUGGACUCUUUGUGUCGAGAGAAUAAUAAAAAAAGAAGAAAACGAAAAUUAGAGCAUAAAGAAUGGUUUGAAAAACGAAGAAAGCGCAGGAGAAAGGAAAAAAUGGAGAUAAAAUUUGAAAUAAUUGGAAAACUUAUAGCUAAAUAUGAAAAUGAUUCUCAAAAUGGAAUUCAAAGGCUCCGAGAAGAGAUUCAGAGCUUGACCAAAGCAGGAAAACUUGAUUUAUUCGAUGAAAAAACUCACAAAGAGCUUGGAAAGCUUGCUCUGAACAUUCGUACCUUUUUCUCACAAGUCCAAGGCAUAUGUGAUCAUGGAAAAGUCUUUAAGAAAGACAAAUGCAUCGUCUGUCCACCAGGAACCUUUGCUAAUCUCAGCAUUCAUCAAUGCUCUCCCUGUGCUUUUGGUGAAUAUCAAGAUUCUCCAGGAUUUAGAGCAUGUAAAAGCUGCCCUCAGGGUUUUUCUACCAAGAAAAUGCACUCAACAAGUUCUAGUGAUUGCAUUCUCAUCUGCAAAGCUGGGUUUUACUCCAAAAGAAGGUAUCACAUUGAUCAAAAAAUAUCAUUGAUGCCUUGCUACGCUUGCGAAGUUGGUUUUUAUCAACCUUUCGCUGGAGAGCGGCAGUGUCUUCCUUGCCCUGGUAAUUCCACUACUUCUGAUAGAGGCAGUACCACCUUAAGUGAUUGUUACUAUCAAGAACUAUGUCCUCCAAAUGCUUGCCUUAAUGGUGGUAGAUGCACCAUUGAAUCCGCUGGUUUUUCUUGUGAUUGUGAUUCGGAAUUCAUCGGAUCUCGUUGUGAAUUUUUUAAAAACCCUUGUAAUUCAUUACCUUGCGCAAAUGGUGGAUCUUGUUAUCAAGAUUCUUCAUCAUUAAGAUUUUCUUGUUCAUGCCUUCCAAGAUUCACUGGUCUUUAUUGUGAAGAUUUCAUUGAUGAAUGUCUUUCAAGUCCUUGUAAUAACGGAACAUGCAUUAGUGAUGACAAUGACUUUUAUUGCCAUUGUUCAGAAGGUUUCGUUGGAGAAUAUUGUGAUAAAGCCUUAGAUAUUUGCUUUGGAGUAUGCGAAGAAGGUUCAACAUGUGUGAUUAUUGAUGGAAAUUGGAAAUGUCUAUGUAAACCUGGAUACUUAGGACGCAGAUGUCAACUUUUACCUUGUGAUUGGCUUCCUUGCCAUCCAAACUCCAUUUGUAUUAACAUUAAGGAAGCCAAUGUGACUUACUCUAGUUAUCGCUGCGAAUGUCCGGAUGGCUUCGAAGGCGAAAACUGUUCUAUUCCCAUCAAUCAUUGCUUAGAAUCACCCUGUUUAAAUGGUGGAACUUGCAUUAAUAGCCUUAACAACUAUUCCUGCCAAUGUCUAGAUGCUUUUGAUGGUUCGAAUUGUCAAGUCCAACUUGUAUCCAACGUUCUUCUUUACUUUUCUAGACCUUCCAUCUCUGAUUACGUGAGUUUAGAAGGCCCUAAGACCAAUUUAACUUCCUUUACUACAUGUUUUUGGAUUCAAUCCUUGGAUUCUGUUAACUACGGAACAAUUGUCUCUUACGCAAACUCAGAGUAUGACAAUGCAAUCACUUUGAUGGACUAUAAUGGUCUGGUCUUUUAUAUCAACGGCAAUAGAAUCGUUACCGACAUCAGCCUAAAUGACGGUUCCUGGAAUUUUAUCUGCGUUACUUGGGAAAAUAGUAUCGGAUCUUGGUUUAUUUAUGUCAAUGGAGCUAUCAGAGACUCUGGAAUCAACUUAAAAGUCAACGAGACUAUUAGAGCGGGUGGUAAAAUCAUUGUAGGCCAAGAACAAGACUAUUUGGGUGGAGGAUUCUCUAUUUCUGAAGCUUUUGUUGGCCGUUUAACUCUUUUAGAUUUCUGGGAUGAAAUUUUGAAUCAAAGUUCGAUCAAAAAUCUUGAAAACACUUGCCGAGAAUACUCAGGAAGUUUAGUCUCAUGGUUAAAUAUUCAAAAAAACAUUCAUGGAGAUGUAAAAAUCAUGCCUAAUCAUUUCUGUAAUGGAUGUGGUACAGUGGGUCCAUUGUUUCAUGGCUUCUUGAAUGAAUCUAGUAACUUUUCUAUCAUUUAUUCAUGUGAGACUGGGUAUAAUUUGAAGAUAGGUACUAAAACCGUUAGUUCUCCAAUAAAAAGACGUUGUUUAAAGUCAGGAAAUUGGGAAAAUGAAUCUCCAAAGUGUGUUAAAGUUAUUUGUGGUUUUCCUGGAUAUUUUCCAAGAGGUAGAAUUGAUGGAACCUCUUUCUCUUUUAACGACUCAGUGAAGUAUUCAUGCGAUGAUGGUUAUGAACUACGUGGCAACCCUAAUAGACUAUGUAAAGCUGAUGGUACUUGGUCUGGAAAGCCUCCCAUCUGCGUUGGCAUCACUUGUAAGAAUCUUCUAGCUCCAGAGAAUGGAGAUAUCGAGUAUAUUGUUGAUGAAUUUGAGCGUGAUGAUGUUUCUAUUCUCCAAGUUGGUCAUCAGUUGGUAUUUAAAUGUAACACUGGUUUUCAUCUGAGAGGAGAAAAUAUUCUAACUUGCUUGGACACCGGUCAUUGGAAUUAUCAACCACCAUCAUGCUCUCCUAUCGAUUGUUCAUCAAUUUUAAACAGCUCCAUAAAAAACUCUAAUGAUAGUUUUUGUCAAUUUAUCAGCUGUGGACAUCCACCGAAGCUUCUUGAUGCUGAAGAAGUGGCUUAUAAUAUUUCUUAUUCUGUUGGUCAUGAAAUUAAUUACAAAUGCCAGCCAGGAUUCAAAUUCUUUGGCAAAAAUUAUACUAAAUGUCUUUCAACUGGUAAAUGGUCAAAGAUUCAAGGAAAGUGUUCGAAAAUAUCAUGCGGAAAGCCUAAAGUGAAAGAAGAUGUUAUGUUAGAAGGAAACUCGUAUUUAUAUGGAAAAAUUUUGAAUUUUAGAUGUUCUGGAGGUAAAAUAAAAGGAUCUAUUAAAUGUGGUGUAGAUGGGAAAUGGAUUUCUUUACCAAAUUGUAAGAAUUAAUAGUGACUAUAAUAAAAGUUGAAGAAAAA